AUGGGGUGGUGGCACAUUGCAUCGCGCGGUCGAUUCACUGGCGCUGAUAAACCACUUGAUGAGAAUGUUCCGGCGAGGCCGAAGGGACGACGAAGGGAUCUUAGUCGAGAACGGAUGAGACUUGAGGCGCAGCGGGCUGCGAAGUCAUCGAGUUCGUGCUUGCAUGGUCUUGAUCCGUUGUUGGUAGAGCUUCAUGAUAUGGAUUUAGCAUCGCUGAAUCCAGGAGCAUCUGAGCACGACAAACUGUUAUUUGAAGAAUUCUUGAGACGCGGUAUCAAUGUACUACACUCAACCACCGCACAAGAAAGCAUGCUCCAGCCACGACUACCCCAGCUAUGUCAAGAAUCUAGCGCAUUGUAUCCGAUCUGUAUCGCAUUUCAACUAUCCCUGUCAGCCUCACAGACACCGUUAUUCUUCGAAUACUUCGACGCUGCGCUCCGCGAGUUCCGAUCUGAACUGGCCCGCAGUACGACCCUUUCGGAUGGGACUCUGACAGCGGGUCUCCUGCUGUGUAGCACUGGUCUGAUGCAUGGGUUGCCCUGGGCCAUGCAUUUAGAAGGCAUGCACAGCAUCCUGCAAAGCCACGGUCUCGACAAUUCACAUCGCACAUCCACCACUUCCAAGUUCCGCAUGCAUCUUCUUGAGGUCAUGGGGGUCAUGGACUUGCCUUGCUUUGCCGUUGGUCGUCAAACCCCCUGUAUCGGUAUCUGGCGCCGGUAUUGCCGGCCCGCGGCACCACGGCAGGGCAUUGAGCCUGUGACGGGGCUUCCCCGCAGCCUAGUCGAUUUAUUUUCCGGUAUCGGCAUGGAAACAACCGAACAAAGCUUCUGGGACUGGCCAGGCGAACUGGGAAGCUUUUUACAAUGUUAUCUGCAAAGUCGCGAGCUGUCUAGUUUCUCAGCGUGGCGGCAGUCGAGCACGUGUCCUGUAGAUGCCACUGUCCUCGUCUCGCGCAUACUGGCCAACCUCGAUGCUCUACGUCUUGCAUGUGUCGAGCGUCCGGCCGAAGACAUAUUUAUCAACAACGCUGUUCUUUACCCUUUUUUUAUUACCGGACUUGAGGUGGAAAUGAUGAAUCGCAACCCGCGGUUGCAAGAUGUUAUUCGCAAUCGUGCCUCGGCGUCAAAGCAAGACGGGAUACUCCUAGGAUUACUAGAGGAGAUGUGGCGGAGGAACGAACCUACACUGGAUGUCAAUACUCUGGCGCAGUCCAAAGAUCUUGAAAUGGGUCUUCUAUAG